UAGUUUAAAAUGAAAUACUAUUACAUUUUACUUCAAAAUAUUUAACAUUAUAUAAUAAUACAUAUAAAGAAAGGAAAUUAAAUAAAAAAAGAUCCGCCGAUGUCGACAAAACCGAACCUACUCUGUUAUUAAGAGUCAGCUGAGACAGACAGCAGGAUGGCCGAGGCACUGGACAAGGUGGCGGAUGUGGAUAUUGACGAGGGCACCUUCAAGUAUGUGCUCAUCAAGGUGUACCACAGCCCCCCCGCCCCCGCACAGGAGACCAGCAAGUACAUCGUGCGCGGGUACAUGACAGCCGAGUACCAUUCAGAUGUGUACGACCGUGUGAUGCCCAACAUAGAGAGGCUGGGGCUGGCGUGUGAGUGUGUUGGGGGUGGCCGGAUCAAUCACCAGGCAGCGGAAGGAAACAUCAAAGUGUACGGCUACUCUCAGGGUUUCGGCAAGGCGGAUCACAGUGUUGCCGUCACCCUGCUGAAAAAGAAGUAUCCGGAUUAUAAGAGUGUCACGUUUUCCAAUGAUGGAUAUUAGUGGUGAUGCUGCUGGUGGUGGUGGUGGUGGUGUCUGUCUGUUUGAUUUUUUCUUUCUUUGUUUUCUCUCUCUCUCUCUCUCUCUCUCUCUCUCUCUCUCUCUCUCUCUCUCUCCCCUCUCUCUCUCUCCUCUCUCUCUCUCUCUCUCUCUCUCUCUCUCUCUCCUCUCUCUCAAUUUGUGUGUAAUUUACUUUUUAUUAAUAAAUUUUGAUAUUCUUAAAUUUGACUUGCAUUUUUAUUUUUAUUUUUUUUCUCUGAAAUUGAUUCUGGCGUUUAUGAUUUUGUCUUAUUUUAUUGCUGGACUUAUUGAUUGUAUUGUAUUUUAUCAUUAUUAUGUCUGUUUAUACAAUGAUUUAUUUUGUUUUAUCAUUUUUAUAUUUAUUUUAUUUAUUUAUUUAUUUAUUUAUUUUGUGUGUGUAUGAAUUUCUCCCCUUUUUUUUCCUCUUCCUCCUCCUCCAUGCCAGUUUUCUCCUCCAUGCUGCUGUUUUUCCUUCCUCCUCCAUGCCAGUUUUUCCCCCUCCUCCUCCUCCAUACCAGAGUUAUUUUCCCUUCCUUCAUAUUAGUUUUUCCCUCCAUACCUCCUCCUCCUCCUCCCUCCUCCUGAUGGUUCUUCCUUAACAUAAUACUCUCCAUAAUGAGGCUGUGUUGCAUUUGUUGUGGUUGCAUAAACUGGAGUAUUGGAAAAGAGAAAGAUUUAAAUCACUUCCAGCCUGUUUUUGAAAGGCAGACAUUGGAUAUUGAAGUGUGAGUGUGUGUGUGUGUGUGUGUGUGUGUGUGUUAGCUUGGUGCUUCAAACUUAAUUCAGUUUGUUUAGCUUCCCUUGGCUGAUAAAUAAAUCUAUGUAUCUAUCUAGGCAUAAAUUUUGGUCAUUUUAGAAAGGUGGGUGAGCAAGUUGUACAGCUUUGUAUGCCUACCAAAAAAAACAAGUCUACUGUAUUUGAUUAUUUACCUGUUAAUCUCUAUUUACCUGUCUAUCUGUGGUAAAUGACAAGAAAUGUUUGUUUUUGUGAUUCUAACAAGCUGACUGAAUAAGCUGUUUAUCUGUUUACCUAUCAUUAAGGGGCAGGGAUAAGUGUCUGCUGUGGGGCCGUGCUGUGAAUGUGUGUGGCUAGCUGUGGUGUGUGUGUGUGUGUGUGUGUGUGUGGAUGGGUGGGGUGCUUUGUCUGGGCCACCCUGUAUAUAGGGAUGGAUAGACUGCUGCUGCUGCUGCUGCUGCUGCUGGUGCUGCUGCUGCUUACUACUACUACUACUACUACUACUACUACUACUGUUCGUUUCCCACCACGAGCUGACAGAGCUAAGAAUGUUAAUGACUGUGUGUGUGUGUGUGUGUGUUGCCUUGUCUUGAGCCGGCCUGGUACAGGGAUAGAAAGGUAAUAGGAAAAGCAUUAUUUUUAAUUUUUUACUUAAAAGAUCAAUGAAUUACCAGCCACAAAUGCCUCUUUGUGAUAUGAUUAAAGGAUUAUUCAUG